GACUUAGAUUAUUAAUUUAAUAUCAAAAUGAAAUCAUUUGCCCUUAUAACACUUGUAUUCUUGGUCACUGCAAACGACAUUGUAGUGGAAUAAAACAAAAUGUAGAAAUUAAUGGAUGAGAUGUCUGAAGUCAAGCAUUCAAUAAUUUUAAAGAAACUCUUAGAGAAAUAACUAUAAUUGACAAAGGCUUAAGAGCUAAUAGAAGUUUAAAGUGAAAGUAAGAAUUUGUAGAAUUUUAGGUGAUUCCAUAAAUGAUUCCAUAUAAUUAAUCAAAGUAUCCUAAAGUACAUACAACAGUAGUAAUAGCAACUACACAUAACCUAAUACCACAUAUAAUUACACCUACAGUAAUUAUUCAUAGCCUACAAAUACUUACAACUAGAGUAAUCUAACUAAUACAACUAACGCAAUCAACUAGACAAAUUCAUCCUAUCCUUAUAACUACACAACAUCAUAUCCUUACAAUAAUGGUGUUUAUAACUAUGUUAGUUAUGAUAAUUAAAGUGAUACAACCAAUUCCACAAACACAAACUCUACUAGUAUAACAUGCUCAGUUGGAUAUUUCUUAUCAUAAAAUUCAACAUGUUUACCUUGCUUAACCAAUUGUGCAACAUGCUCUUCAUCAUAUGUUUGCUUCACAUGUAACUAUGGCUAUUAAUUAACUACUACAGGAUGUUUAUCAUAAUCAAUUUAUAAUACUACAAACUCUACUAGUGAAACUAAUUCUACUGUUCUUUAUGAUAACAGCACCUUAAUUAAUUCCAAUAGUACAUCAUAAGAUUACAACAACACUUAGUAUAAUACAAGUACUAACACUUAGUAUAAUACAAGUACUAACACUUAGUAUAAUACAAGUACUAACACUUAAUAUAAUACAACUACUAACACUACAAACUAUAAUUAAACAUCAGAUAAUAGUACAUUCUACAAUGAUACUUAUACUAAUUACACAAACUAAUCAAGAAUCAGAUAAAAAUUUAAUUAAUCAAGAGUUCAUCUUAAAUUGAGAAAUACAUUCAACAGAUUUGAUAAUAACAACUUCACUUAAAUAAUAUCUUAUUACAAUUAAUCUAAUCAAUCAUAAAAUACUGUAGUUUUGUUCAAUAGUUCUGCAGUAGUUUAAAAGUAAAGUCUAAACGAAUACUAUUUGUAUCAAAAUAAUAGUUUAGUAGUUUUGAAUUAAGAAUAUGAUCCAUAUGGAAAUAUAGUUUAUAGAUCAAUUAAUUAUGACUUCACAAUCGUAGUUUCAAAGAAGCAAAAUACUUUUAAUUAAAAUCAAAAUCAAGAGAUUUAUGGUACUAUAGUUUAUGGGUAUGGCAACUUUAACGCAACCUACAAUAAUUAAAAUGUAAAUUCAGGUUAUGGAUAUCAAAAUGGAGGUUAAACAACAUUUAAUUAUUCUAAUUAAGCUUCAGGAUAGUUAGCUUAUAACUAAGAAAAUAAUUUUGCUUAUGCUUAAUAUAGUAAUUAAAGUCAAGGAUAUUAAUCAUCAUCUUAGUAUGAUUCAUUCUACAAUGAUACCGUCUCAAGAAGCAAUUAUUCAAAUUCAAAUAAUAAUUACGAUAAUCGUAAUGACUACUAAGGUACUGCAAACUUUGAUUAUGACUAUUACACAAAAAGUUCCUCCUAUUCUAACAGAGAUUCAUCAUAUCAAUCAUAAGAUGAUUAUAAUUAAGUGAAUGGUCUUGGAUAUGAUAAUUACAAUACCCAAACUUCUAAUUCAUACUCUAAUGGUUAAUCUUCAUCAAGUAUUUAUCAAGGAGAUAAAUCAAAAUCUAGUAGCAAUAAUGAAAAUAGCAAUUUCAAUUCUUCCUAAACUAAUACUGUGUAUGCCUAAAAUUACACCUUAGUGAAUGAAUCUUCACUUGGAUAUAAUACAGCUUAAAGUUCAUCUAAUUAAUAAAGUGACUGGAGAAAUUACUCAAAUUAUGAUUAUUCUAAUGGAUACAAAAAUCAAUAAUCAACUUAUAUUCAUAAUUAUACUAAUUCCUAUAAUGUUUCUGAUACUAAUGAAUACAAAUCAGAUAGUCAUUAUUAAUAAUAAGGAUAAUAUGGAUAUGAAACAUCAAAUGGUUAUAAUAACUUUGCUUCUGGUUAAGCACAUGCUGUUUAAGUUUCAAAUGAAAAUUUAACAACAACUGAAGUUAAUGCUACCAUCAACUAAUAUAACUCAUCUAAUUAUAAUUAUGGUGGUGAACCAUAGUAUGAUGGAUCUUCAUCAAAUAAAGAUAUACAUGUUACUAUUGAAGAUAAUUUAUAAUAAUUUAAUUAAUUAAGAGGAUCAAAGAAAUAAGCUACAGGAUCAUGGAAGGAAGUCAAUUAAAAAGAAUUUACUAAUUCUAAUGGAAAAAUUCUAGAAGAAGCUAGAUAAGCUAUUACAACCAAAUUUAAUCCUUAAUAAGAAGGAUUCUAAUUUGAUUCAAUUUAAAGUAUCUAAGAAUAGAUUGUGGCAGGAAUCAAUUACAAUAUAAAAUUAAAAUAUUUGAAUGCUGAUUAAAAAUCCAUCAUCUAUGAAGUUGUACUUUACACCAUGUAAUUUAUUUUCAAUUAUUCUUUAGUCCUUGGUCUAAUCAACCAAAUUAAGUUACAAGUUGCUCCAGAUUUGAUCAAUCAGAAAUAUGAAUAUGAUUUAAUCAUAUUUCAAUAAAUAUCAAAAUUUGUUUCUAUUUAUUAAAAAAAUA